UGUCCGCAGGACCCUGGCCUGCUGUCCAGUAAUUCUUCAGCACCAUCUUUGCAGCAGAGGAUUUGGAAAUAUGUUUGUAUUCUGAAACCAGUGGAGAGCCUUGAAAUGGUACAGGAAGAAGGAAUGGAAUCGGAAGGAAGAAAAUUCAUUUCAGAGACAAAAUAGCUCCCCUCCUCUGUUAUAGCUGUUCCCCUGGCAAUAUACACUUUCUGCUUUCAGGUUCUGUAGCAUUCCGGACCUCGAGCACUGAAUCAGGAUGGGAAAAAGACGUUGUGUUCCUCCACUCGAGCCCAAGUUGGCAGCAGGUUGUUGUGGGGUCAAGAAGCCCAAGUUAUCUGGAAGUGGAACGCACACUCACGGGAAUCAGUCCACAAUUGUCCCCGGCUCUAGUUCAGGACCUCUUCAAAACCACCAGCAUGUGGAUGGCAGCAGUGGUCGGGAGAAUGUGUCGGACUUAACUCUGGGACCUGGAAACUCUCCCAUUACACGAAUGAAUCCCGCAUCGGGAGCUCUGAGCCCUCUUCCCCGACCCAAUGGAACUGCCAACACCACCAAGAAUCUGGUGGUGACUGCAGAGAUGUGCUGCUACUGCUUUGACGUCCUCUACUGUCACCUCUAUGGCUUUCCACAGCCACGACUUCCUAGAUUCACCAAUGACCCCUAUCCACUCUUUGUGACAUGGAAGACAGGGCGGGACAAGCGGCUUCGUGGCUGCAUUGGGACCUUCUCAGCCAUGAAUCUUCAUUCAGGACUCAGGGAAUACACGUUAACCAGUGCACUUAAGGACAGCCGAUUCCCCCCCCUGACCCGAGAGGAGCUGCCUAAACUUUCCUGCUCUGUCUCCCUCCUUACUAACUUUGAGGAUGCCAGUGAUUACCUGGACUGGGAGGUAGGGGUUCAUGGGAUUCGAAUUGAAUUCAUCAAUGAAAAAGGUGUCAAACGUACAGCCACAUAUUUACCUGAGGUUGCUAAGGAACAAGACUGGGAUCAGAUCCAGACAAUAGACUCCUUGCUCAGGAAAGGUGGCUUUAAGGCGCCGAUUACCAGUGAAUUCAGAAAAACGAUCAAACUUACCAGGUACCGAAGUGAGAAGGUGACAAUCAGUUAUGCAGAAUAUAUUGCUUCUCGACAGCACUGUUUCCAGAAUGGCACUCUUCAUGCCCCGCCCCUCUACAAUCAUUACUCCUGACACAAGGCUGCAUGACCAGUCCAACCCCCCUGUGGCCACCAAUGGCUAUGACAUCAUUGGAGCAGAUGCCUCCUCUUCCUGGUCCAGUUACUUCUAUUACUGCACCAUUUUAUGAUGCUAGCUUCCGUUGCCAAGUCUGCCUCCAGCUGACUCGG